UAUGUGCAAUUCUUGUACUUGUAACCUUUCGUAAAGUGACGGGCUGCGCUGCGCUAUUAAUCGCAAAGCUCUUCUAAAGGGACGACUGUAUCUCACAAAGACAAAGAUAUUCCUCUGGAAUCCCAUUCCAAAAAGAGAAUCGUGCAUUAACAUAUAUUUUUUAGUUGGUGCCAAUUUUUGCAACUGCUACUGCGCAUUAGAUAAAUAAAUAAGAUUUGUUUGUUCGGCAACGCAACAGUCACAAGAGUCAAUGAAAACAAAAGAAAAGCCUUUUCCUUUGUGCCUCAGUGAAGCCUCGAGGAGACGAGCACGUUAACGCCAACACAACCAGCAAAACGCUGGGACAAAGGCUGUCGACAUAUUCAGUAAAGAAGUUAAUGGACAUGAUCAGACAGUGAUUAAAUACAUACACAUCCCCACGUGCAGGCAAAACCAACGCUCAACCGGAAGAGACCUCGUCCAGAUCCAGAUCCAGUCCAGGAAACAGCAGUAGCUGAAACACAGACAAUAAUGAGCACAAAUAGCAGCUUUUUUGAUGAACAUUUCACCAUGCUUUAUGCUAAUCUGAUGAACAAUUACGUGCCAGAGUACUUUAAGAGCUUCCAGUACACCCCGUGGGUGUUCUCGCUGCUGGGAUCGGUGGUAAUCGGCCUCAGUGGCAUCUUUCCACUGUUCAUUAUUCCGACCGAGGAGAAACUGGCCAAAAAUGGAUACAAAGACCCUGCGGAAUCAAAGUUUCUGCGAGUGCUUCUGAGCUUCGCCGUGGGAGGCCUGCUAGGGGAUGUGUUCCUCCAUUUGCUGCCAGAGGCCUGGGAAGGGGAUCACCAUAGCUCUUCCGGGGACUCCAGCCACCCAUCGCUACGCUCAGGACUGUGGGUGCUCGCUGGAAUACUAAUCUUCACAAUAGUGGAGAAGAUCUUCUCCGGCUACACGAGCGCAGACGAGGAGAACCCCCAGCCCAAGUGCGUGGAAAUCGCCAACUGCCUGUUGCGCCGCAAUGGAGGCCAGCUGCCGGAGGGAGGAACCUCCGAGAGCUGCGGCGGUGCUUGCGACAUUGAGGACGUGGACAAGGUUUGCUUCCUGCGCGAGCGGGAGCAGAAGUCCAAGGAGCAGAAAGAACAGCCCAGAAAGGUCGCCGGAUACCUGAACCUGUUGGCCAAUUCCAUCGACAACUUCACGCACGGGCUGGCGGUGGCUGGCUCUUUCCUAGUCUCCUUCAGACACGGAGUCCUGGCUACAUUUGCCAUACUAUUGCACGAGAUCCCCCACGAGGUUGGCGAUUUUGCCAUUCUUCUGCGUUCCGGCUUCAGUCGCUGGGAUGCGGCUCGCGCACAGCUGCUAACAGCAGGAGCAGGCCUACUUGGUGCCCUGGUGGCAAUUGGAGGCUCCGGUGUAACCUCAGCCAUGGAGGCACGCACCUCGUGGAUCAUGCCCUUUACCGCUGGCGGUUUCCUACACAUUUCGCUGGUCACAGUAUUACCUGAUCUCUUAAAGGAAGAAGAGCGCAAGGAAUCCAUUAAGCAGCUGCUGGCCCUUGUCUUUGGCAUUGCAUUAAUGGCUAUCAUGACAACGCUUUUCGAACACUAACCAACCCUAGCAGGAAGCUGAUGAGCAUAUCAAAAUUCCAUAAAUGGUUCCAGGACAGGACCGUUGUUGGCUGUCCAAAAUUGAAAUGAAUUUGUUGUACUUUACAGGAUGCGCCCAGCCACUCGUCCUAUUUUGCGUUAUGUAAUUAUAGCCGAUACGAAUGAUAUUUAAACUACUGUUAAUAAUUACGUAUUAUUGUACCAUACGAAACAUGAAUAGAAACUCUGUUUUUAAAGAAA